GGGACAGGGGGUGGACAGGACACUGCAGUUAGUUUAGUGAGGAGACAGACAGCAGUCUUGGACCAUGAGAGACGGGGACAGGGCGUUGGACUGGACUGAUCUUCAGUAUAAUUUAAGGAUAUUGAAACUUAUAAAAACUGUGUUUUUUGUGGCUCAGAGUUUGAGCAGUUUAAUUCAGGGGAGGUUGUGUUUGUUUUUGCAUCUCUGAGUAAAUAUUAAAGACUUACCAGAACUUAUUAUAGAUAUCUAGCCAUCCCCUUGCCAGCCAAUCACAGAGGAGGUCAGUAAGCUCUCGGACAGAGGGCUGAGAGAGAGAGACAGGGAGGAGAAAAUAACACAGAACGACACAGCGAUCAGUAACUCACCAGAGUGCAAGAGAACUGAAUGCGAGCGUGAUGACAUCACAAAGCCCUUUGAUUCCGCUGCUGGUGACGUUGCUGUCACUAGGCAGAUUUUCAUCAGGCCAGUCGGCAGAUCUCCCCGAGUUCCGGUUUUGGCCGGGUGGUUCUGUGACCCUACCUUGUCUGGUACCGGCGGGCUCCAGUAACGAUACUUCCUUCGAGUGGCAGAAGCAGAACGUUGCCAUCGCCGACACGAGCAGAACCACUCAGAACCCCCGCAUGUCGACAGUCAAACAUUACUCCCUCCAGAUCAAAAACUUGACUGCCCAAGACUCGGGCAUUUACACCUGCAUCGUCUCUGACACAAAACAGAGGAGAGAGGCUUCCGUGCGUCUGACUGUGGGGCUGUCUGGACCCAUUAUAACUCAGGACCCGGGCUCUGUGACUGGCACAGAGGAUGGAGAGGUCACUAUACCCUGCACUGUGAUAGAGGGUCCUCCAGGACUAGUGAGAUGGUACAGGGACACUGGCAGCGACAGACAGUAUCUCUACUCUACAGGAACCCCUCCGCCCAAUGAGAGAAACGACCCCCGCGUGUCUCAAGUACAUCAAAACCACCCCACAGAUCUCUCCAUUCGAAUUGUGAACCUGACCCUGCGUGACUCAGGAAUGUAUUACUGUGAGAAAUACACAGUGUUUGAUGGGACCCUCAUUGCUAGCGGCGCAGGGAGCAGGCUGAGUGUGCAAGCACUGCCUCCACCCAUUAUAACUCAGGACUCGGACCCUGUGACUGGCACAGAAGAGGGUGAGGUCACUUUACUCUGCACCCUGUCCAGAGAGGGUCCUGCAGGACUAAUGAGAUGGUACAAGGGCACUGGCAGCAGCAGACAGCAUCUCUACUCUACAGCAGCCCCUCUGCCCAAUGAGAGAAACGACCCCCGCGUGUCCAGAGUAUCUCCAAACCAACCCACAGAUCUCUCCAUUCAGAUUGUGAACCUGACCCGAGAUGACUCAGGAAUGUAUUACUGUGAGAAAUACAAAGGCGGUGAUGGGACCCUCAUUGCUAGCGGCGCAGGGAGCAGGCUGAGUGUGCAAGAGAAAUUUCGUCCCCCUGUCAUUGAGGGUCCACAGGGGAGAGUUUUAGCCGGGAAUGCCGUGCUGUUAACCUGCCGGUCGAACGGACCCCUGGGAACGAAAUUCACCUGGAAGAAAAACAAUGGAUCCGUCCCUGGAGAACAGAAAACUGUCCAGCUGCAGACUGCUAAAGAAGACAUCAGAUCCACUGUUACCUGCGAGACUACACACCCCACAACACAGCAAACACUGUCGUCUGAACCCUACAGCCUGGGAGCAAGCAUCACUGUUAAACCCAACGUCUCCAUCGAAGCGAAUCCAGAGAGAGUGAAAGUGAACGAGUCCAUCUCCCUCACCUGCCGUGCGCGUGGCUUCUACCCGGGGAGGGUCAAUGUGUCCUGGGUCCAGCAGGGCGGCGCUGAGGAGCUUGCUGCAGAGAGGGGAGAGAAUGUGGAGAAUGAGGACGGGACCUUCAGUAGGGACAGUGUGCUGAAUGUCACUGUCACUCAGGAGCUCAGUGCAGCCACAGUGAGCUGCAGGGUUCAGAUAGAAGGACUGCUAGAGACCGUUCAGAGAGAACACACACUGGUAAUGACUGAUCCCAUACCCGAUCCAGAACCUGUCCCUGUCCUUGGCUCUGAGAUUGCAAUUCCCGUAGCCGUCACUCUUGUCGUUCUCAUCGCGCUUCUGCUUGCUGUUGGACUCUACUGUCGAUUCCGGGCAGGGAAGAAAAAGGCUGAGAUCGUGAGGGCUACAGUGUUGAGCAAUGAAACACAUGAAAAGGAGCUGACUUAUGCCAGCCUGGAUUUGAAGAAGUCCAGUCGGCGGUCGAUGAAGAUCGCGGAGUCGGAGAUCUGCGCGUACGCUGAGAUCAAGGGGGCGAAGGCCAGGGGGGUGAAGGCCAGCGCUGACAUCACAUACGCCAGCCUGGACGAGGUAAACCUGAAGAAGAAGGAGCCCGGAGGAGGAAGAGGAGGGGAGCCCCCAGGGGGAGAGACGGAGUACGCCUCUGUGAACUUCAGGAAAAACUGAAGAGAAACCUUUCCAGGAGAUUUCAAAUCUGCUGCCAGCCUCACCUGGACACACACACACACACACUGUGACACACCACUGAGACACCCGCACACACACUGUGACACACACACACACUGUG